CCGACAUGGUUUGACCCUUUUGCAAAAUGGCGCUGUCCACUAUGCAUACGAAACUUUAUGUUGCAAUUGUGAUUCUAGGUUUAUAUCAUUUACAUUUGUGCAUUGGCCAGACUACAUGUGACUCAAUAGAUUCUUGCUCUUGUACUAUGAGCGACGGAUCUGGUGUGGUGAACCUCCGGCCCUUGGUGUCAGGAAACCCGACGUACAAGGACUACACUGCUACCCAGGUACCAGAUGACUACCUGUACUCCUGGAGCCCGUGUACACCCUUCUCUGAGGCAGGGUCGGACGAUCCAGACUCCUGCACCAACAUGGCGGCAUGCCAGGUUGCAAAGGAUGGGACAAUUUCGUACGGCCUGGGCACACAGGACUCCGCAGCGUUCACCGUGACUUCAGACCCGGUUCUCGGGCAGACGGUCAACCUGGUGUACACCAUGCCGCAGGGAGGGAGAGUAGCAGGAGUUAUUCUUCAAUGUACCCAGGGGGCAACCAAGUUCAGUGUCAAUGGAGAGAUCACAGUCGGUGCUUACUCGUUCCAGCUGUCCAGUCCGUGCGCCUGUCCAGGGGCGGGGCCCGGCUGUGCAGGGGGAGGACUCAGCGGGGGGUCCGUUUUCCUCAUCAUAUUUUUCGCCCUGGCUGGUGUGUACGUCAUAGCAGGCGCCAUUUUCAUGAAGUUCGUCAAAGGUGCCCCAGGGGUCAGAGGUCAUCCCCAAUAUUGCCUUCUGGAAGAGUUUACCUGGAUACGUCAAGGAUGGCGUGUUUCUGAUCCUGUCUCCUUGUCGCGGAUCCAAGGACUAUGAAAACAUUUAGCUAACAAAUUAAUAUUUUACAACGACGACAAAUACCAUUUACCAUGUAAGGCUAGCAAUAUAGGAAAUCGUUCGUGCGUCUUUUACAAUGUACGUUUCAAACAUUGUAGAAACGAAAUGCAAUUGGGAUUUCAUUUAGUUCAUUGAUAGUUCAUACAAAAUUUAAAUCACAAAGGUUGUGAACUAAACAAGAGGAAUGUAGUCGGUGCUAUAAUGUACUGUAAUCGGGGUUGCGGUUUACCAAUCGACGACAAUGUGAUGUUGUGUAGAUGCAUCCGCCCUGUAGGUAUUCAAAAACAAACAAUACGUUAAUGAAAACAUCUAAAAGAUAGAUAUAGAUAAGGUAUAGUGCAGCUUUCUUACUAUACAGGUAAAUAGUACAAUGUAUUUACCCCAGAUGGGUAUGAUUAUACAAUAUCAUUGUCAUUGUCAUCACAACAUCUUUAGUAAAUGAUAGCUAGUUUUAAAUUAAUGAUCGAAGUUCAUCUCUGUUGGUAGACGCUACUAUGAAUCAAAGUUAAAGUUUAAUUUCAAAAACAAAAAUGGACCUGUCCAAAUUUUCGACUGUCUUCAACUUUGUCAGGGAAUGAGCAACUCACUGCUCCUGUGACGUCACGAUAUCCAUAUAGAACACGUGACUCUGUGAGCAGUGAAUCAUAAGACUUUCUGCGACUUAUGAGCCACUGCUCAUCGAGUGUUCUAUCAGAAUAAAAUGACGUAACAGAAGCAAUGGAUUGCACAUUCCUUGACAAAGACUGGAAUUGGGCAGUUGAAAAUUUGGGUAGGUUAAUGUUUGUUGGAAAUUACAGUGAAAAAUAACUUACAAUUUGUUUACUUACCAACAUACAAUUUUCGAAUGGAUGUGGAAUUCUCAUUGAUUAUGUAUAUUUUGAGAGAUAGGGCAAAUAGCUAAAGCUCAAGUUGAUCACCUGAACAUUCAAAACAUUCAAUGUGAUACUCAGUGUUAAACCAACAAUAAACUGUAUCUUUUGUAUUCAUGGACAAAAGUAAAUAUA